AUGACCUUGACUGCCCUUGGCCAGUUGGCACCUCUGGAAACUCUGGGCAAGUUUGAGUUGCAGAAGAUACUUAAUCGUGAGAGGAUGAAUUACAAAAAUCUCAUGACCGACUAUCAAAUGCAGAAGGCUGAAUACAAAAGCCUGCAGGAUAAGUUCACACAGUUGCACGGACAACAGGAACACCUAGUGAGCAACAGACAGACUCAGGAGGAAAGAGUGCAGCUGCUUUUGGUGCAAGGAGAGCUGAUGGACAAAACCAGGGAGCUUAAGGAGCUUCGACAGUGGGUGGUGACUCCUCAGCAACUGGAGUUGCUCAGAACUCAGGUGAAGCAAGAAAUGAAUGCUCCAGUUCAAGAGAAAUUCAACAAACAAGAGGAGACAGAGAAGUACACAUCUAUGAACAACAAGCUGCAAUAUGAGAAGACCUUCAUCAAGUCUUUGACCACCAAGUUUGACCACCAGAGUAAAGAACAUUCUCAAAUGCUUAAGAAGAGGAGGAGUCACUAUGAGGUGAAGCUCACAUGCGUGGAGAGGGAAAGGGAGCACCUGGGUGCUCAGUACCACGGUUCAGACCCACUGUGUGAUGGGAAAGGAGAUGGUGCUCAGCUGAGGGAGAAAUCCCCACUUGAAUUUGAACUGAAGAAGCUGGAGAAAGAGAUGGCUGACCUGCGAGCCCAGAAAGACAACUUGGAUCAGCAGGCUGAGAACAUGCAGAGUGUCCAGAUCAGACAGCUAUCAGAGCAUCAAGCUGCAGUGAAGUUAUUGGAGGCAGAGCGUCAGUCCCUGCGACUACAAGUGGAGCGGAUGGAGAGUGAGCUUCAUCUGAUCCUUGAGCAGAAUAAGCAGCUCACAAAGCAACUGCACAAAGCUGAGAGAGAAAGCAACUCUACCUGUGAGGUUGGAAGUCUGGAGAAGAAUUCACAUAGGCCAGAGAUUGCCAGUGUCAAACUAGGGUGUAUCCCCUCGAAAGGAGAUGUGGCGAGGGAGCGACACAUAAUGCAGGGGCAGAUGGGUGACCUACAGGCAGGUAUGGAGGUGCUAAAAGCUGCAAUGCAUCAGCAAAGACACAUUCUGGAGAAGAAGAGGGAGAUGGUCAGAAGGGUGCAAGCUGCCCAUGGGGAGGAGCUCUGCAAAACUGUGACCUUGCACAAGGAAAAAAUGGAGUUGAACAACCCCUUCACCGCAUUAGAACAGCAGAGGGUGCAGCAGGAUCUUGCAGAUCCUGCAAAGAAGGAAGAGUUGGAGGAACAUCUUCGUGGGGGCCAGCAAGGUGAGGAGUCAGCUUGCGGAGAAGUGCAGGGCCUUAGAAGCACACUUCAGCAGCAAAGCUCAAAGCUUGAGGAGCUGGAGGGACAGAAAACAGAGAUUGUUGAGCUACAGCAACAGUACCAGGACAAUGAGGACCAGGGGGCUCAGUAUCUGGAGGCAGAGGCGGCAGACCUGAGCGCCCAAAAUGAAAACUUGGGUGAACAGUUUGAGAACAUGCAUCAUGUCCAGCUCAGAGAGCUCUCAAAGUCUCCAGCUUCAGUGAAGUCACAAGAGGCAGUGAAUCAGUCUCUACGACUGCAGCUCGAGCAGAUGGAGAGCAAGCUUGAUCUGAACAAGGAGCAGAAUAUCCAGCUCACAAUGCAACUGCACAAAGCUGAGAAAGAGGUCAACUGCCUCUCCUGUGAAAUUGACAGUCUGAAGAAUAGACAUAAGAUAGAGAUCACCGAUGUCAUAAGGCAGUAUAUCUGCUCUAAAGAAGAGGGGGAGAGGGAGAGAGACACAUCGCAAGUAGAUAUGAAAGUGCUAAAAGCUGCAGAGGCGCAACUCAAAAACAUCAUGGUAAAGAAGGAGAGAGAGACAGUCAGGAGGGAGCAGGCUGCCAGUGGGGAAGAGAGCUUCAAAACUGUUGCUCUGCUCAAGGAAAAGUUGGAGAUGGAGAACCGUCUCGCAGCAUUGGAACAGCAGAUGGCGCUGCUGGGUACUGCAGAUCAUGCACAGAAGGAAGAGUUGGAGGAACAUCUUCGAGGUGCCCAGCAAGGUGAGGAGUCAGCCUGCAGAGAAGUGCAGAAACUGAAAACCAGACUUCAUAAGCAAAGCUCACAGUUUGAGGAGCUAAGAAGAACCCUGGACAGAGUCAAGGAGGAGCUGAGGACAAAGGCUGAUGAGGUUGAGUGGUUGGAGGAGAAACAAAAGCUGCAUCAGAAAUAUUCUCAUAUCAAAGAGAGACUGCAGAGGGAAGCAGAGGCCAAACAGAAGAGGGAGACGCUGACAAAAGACAAAGAGAAGAGACUGCAGGAUAAGAUCCAGUUGCUGCAGGCACAGAUAGAAGAACGUUCAUCUUCAGCGAAAGAGGCCAAACUCAACAAACAGCUAAAAGAGCUUCAGCAGCGACACAACAAGUUUCGACAGAUCAUCCUGGACAGGUAG